AUGACGGCCCCCAACAUCCAAAGGGAAUUAACUAGUGUUUGUGCUCAUUUGACGACCAAGAAAAUUAUUGCAGAAAUUGUGAGAGAUAAACAACCAUUCUCUUUACUAGUUGAUGAAUCUUAUGAUGUGGCAGUGAAAGAACAAAUGGCUAUUGUUUUUCGCUAUGUGGACAAAAUAGGUUGUGUUAUUGAACGUUUUAUCAGGAUUGUGCAUGUUAAGAAUACUUCUGCAAAGUCUUUGAAAAUUGCAAUAGAUGCUUUUUUUGUAAAGCAUGGAUUGAGUUUGACAAGUUUACGGGGGAAAGGUUAUAAUGGAGCAAGCAAUAUGAGAGUUUUGGAUAACAUUCAAGAAGAACUCAAUAAUCGUUUUGAUGAAGUAAAUAUGAGGUUGCUUCAAUCAUUGGUUUCGCCUGUGGCCACUGCAACAGUUGAAAAUGUGUUCUCUGCAAUGAAUCUUGUGAAAAAUAGUUUGCGUAAUCGAAUGGGAGACGACUGGAUGAACAAUUGCUUGGUGGUUUACAUUGAAAAGGAAGUUUUUGCUACAAUUGAAAAUGAAGAUAUCAUUGAACACUUUCAGAAUAUAUCGAAGCGGAAAAUCGUGUUAAAUUGA